CACUCUAGCAAAACCAGCCAAGUCAGUUUCAUUCUUACAGCAUAUCAUCCACUUUCUACUGUAUCAUACUAUGGCACCGCACUGUAUCUGCACUCACCGCGUGCCCUGUUAACCCCGCUUCCGUUGGACUCUGGCUCGUGCAAUGUCAAACGCCCUCCCCAUUGUCUGAUCCAAGAGAUCCUUCGAUUCGCCUGUUAAGACAUCCUAGUAGCAUUGCGGAGUGAAGUGCAUAUUGCCUUUUUUUUCUUUUUUUUUCUUUUUCUCGUUUAGCCCAACUUUAUUUUGUUAUCUCAGAUUGGAAGAAGGGUGGGGAUAUCGUGCUUGUUUUCCCUGGAUUGGCUUGUGUUUGAUUGGCUGGGGGGAUGGCGAGGCGAGUGAGAAGGGUUCUGGCAUUUCGGUCGGUGAAUGCCGGAGGGGUUCAACCAGGGACUUGUACAUUGUGAAAAAAGGGUUAGCUUGUUGAGAGGGCUUGCAAGUCAGGGGGAGGAUUUGUGGUGCUCUUAUGUCUUCUUUAUGAGAGUGUCAAAGAGUGACAGGGGUACUUGUAUGAUAACUUCCUAACUCACGAAAUUAUUAAGGUUUGGACAAACCGGGAAUCGCUCGGACAUUCAGAGCAGUUGGCGCCCACACCUACUAUUUGGGUAAACUCCUCGCUCCGGAAUCUACUGGUCAUCCAUCCUCCGCCUUGAACUUCAGAUUUGCUCCCAUGAGAAGAAACUGUUCCUCUAUAGGAAGUUGGCGAGUAUUUAUGAUUGUUCCUCACAGUCACGGUAAGAUCGACUAUUCCAAUGCCGCACUGUAUUAUGGAGUACGGUGUCCUACGCCAAAAAGCCAAAAUAACACAAUCCCAGCAACCCACAUCGGGAUUAUCUCCAGCCCAUUCCACCCACACUGGUCUGCCACCUCCCCCAUCGGAAGCCGGCAGGAGGCCCAUUUCAUCUUCAGGUGUUUGCCACAACAAGAGAAUCCCAUGUCACCCUGUUACCGAGUGCUGGGGGGUCUAACUGUAAGGCACCACCAUGCCAAACCCGGGUAGGUCUCAAUCGAUUUUGUUUUUAAUUUUUUUUAAUUUUUCUUUUCGUCUCUCCGAGGGCUAGUAGUAACUAGAAGUGGGGUAGCCAUCUCGAAAAGAGAGUCUAUUGGGGCGUCGUGAGCUCUACUCUCGUGCGGAAGGGUGGGAAUAGGUGAUCCUUAAUCUAACAGCCGGAUGGAAGUCUGUACCGUGUUAGAGGAGACGGCAGCUGUCGAUAACCACACGUGUCGACCAUUCUACCCGCUCGUCUCCGUCCUAGUUCUAAUGCUAACACUAAGCAGCUUCGUCGAGAGAUGUAGGUUGUUCCCACGGCGGAGAAGGGGAUGGUAUCACAGUACGCCGGUAUCCAUUCAGCGCACCCACUCACCCUUCAUCGGUCUUUCCGAAAUGUAAAUUUCGGGGGGAAAACCCCCCUCCUUUGAUUUCAGCUGGGCCCUGGAGUGUGAUAACGGAUAGAGCAAUGGCCCUGUACAAAUAAACCAGACGCCCACGUUUCGAAUUGCUCCGGUUUCCGCUAGUAUCGUAUGUUUCUAGUUCUUGUUGGAAAGGGUUUUGAUAGUAUGACCCUAGGAUAUAGAACCCUUAGAACUGCCCUUCCAUGGUAUUCAACGGCUUGAACUAAGGAUAUAAAACGCCUUUGGGAAGCCCGCACAUCUUUCCAACACACGAUCUCCACACUUCCCCUCGUCUCCUCCUUCUCCCACUUAACCCCUCCUAUAACUUCCUCCUCCCGUUUCCUCUUUUUCUUCCUUCCCUCAACUCAUACGCCGGUCUUUCCUACUCCAGAAGCAAGGCUGCAAGCAGCUUACCUCACCGCAUUCUUUCCCUCGCCUUGUCUGAGACGCCCUUUUUUGUUGCUUUUAUAUUUUGGUUCCCCGGCCCAACACCAUCCCCUUUCUCGAACGUGAUGUUUGGUAGAUCCUCUUUUGUUUCCGGCUCCGUUGCCGUCGUGUUAGCGCUCAUUACACUUGUCUCGCAGGCGAAUGCUUUCUGGCGCUUGCCAUGCUUAAACACAAUUCUGGUUGAGAGGAAUGAUCCUAUCGUCAAUCCGGGUACCGUCUCGGGGCACCUACACACCAUUAUGGGCGGCAAUGGGUUCGAUUUUACUAUGGACUACGAGAAGGCUCGGGCUUCGACUUGCUCUUCCUGUACGGUCAAGCAGGACCUUAGUAAUUACUGGAUUCCUAGCCUUUUCUAGUGAGUACUUCUCAGCGGUAUAUACGGUAUAUACGUUGUCUUUGAUUGGAUGAGUGCUAAGAGGUUGGUUUCUUAUUUUCUUAUAGUCGGGCUAAGAACGGGUCUUUCUUUCCAGUUGAGCAGAUUGGUGGUGCCACCAUCUAUUAUCUGUAAGUUUCUUUGGAUGAAUAUGACGAGACAUUCUGUUCUAAAAUUAGUCAGACAACGUCGUGACCCCCCCGAGGAGAAGUUGAAGGCUUUCCCCCCUGGUUUCCGUAUGGUCACAGGGGACCCAUGGCUUCGCCAUAAUAAUAUUGUUAGUGGACAAGGAGACGCUUUUACCUACAUCUGCCUCGACUACAGCGGUCGCUCAAAGGGAUUGAAGGAUAGAUAUAACGAAUUCCCUGACCGCAACUGUCCUAGGUGCUUACAUUUCCCUUUGCGAUAUAUCACGAUAUCAUGCUAACAUUGUCUCCAGCGGUCUUCGUGUCCAAAUCUUCUUCCCGUCGUGCUGGAACGGCAAGGACCUCGAUUCCCCCGACCACAAAUCCCAUAUGGCAUACCCUACCAACGUCAACUUUGGUAAAUGCCCCACCUCCCACCCUGUGAGGUUUAUAUCCAUCUUUUACGAAGUCAUCUUCAACACCAACGCUUUCAAAGACCAAUGGUACGACAACAAACAGCCAUUUAUCCUAUCCAACGGCGAUCCAACCGGGUACAGUUUGCACGGCGAUUUUGUUAACGGAUGGGACGUUAACGUUCUCCAGAAAGCGAUAGACACAUGUAAUUCGGCGUCUGGAGUCGUGGAGGAGUGUGGUGUGUUUAAGUUUUUUGAAAGGGAUCGGUCCCAGGACUGUAUGGUGCCCCCGAGGGUUGAGGAGCAGACCACGGGGUGGUUGGAGAAGCUUCCAGGAUGCAAUCCCGUUCAGCCCGGUCCCGCACGCGCUAUUCAACAUGCCAACUGUGGCGCUCAGGAGGAUAUUGGCGCGCCUAUGAAGUACUAUACUGACGUUUCUGCUAAGAAUUGGGAGUAUGUUGGAUGUGUCAUGUAUGUCUAUCAAUUUCCGUCCAUCGGCCCCCCCGUGUACUGGCAAUUGCGACGGCCACAAUGCUGACUGGGUGGGAUAACAGGGACAACUUAAAUUCCCGCACUUUCCCGGAGAGGGUGGACUUCAACGACCUCACGGUUGAGAAGUGCAUAGACUACUGUGUGAGUAAAGGCUUCGGUUUUGCCGGUAUGGAGUACAGCAGAGAGUGCUAUUGCGGAAAGUCUGCUCCCCCACAGGACCGCAUGGGGUACUCCAGGUGUACCACCCCCUGCGCCGGGGACAGCAAGCAGUACUGCGGCGCUGCUCAGAGGCUCUCGACAUAUAAGGCUAAGGGACCAGGUUCUGGUACCUCCGACACCCCAUAAGGAUCCACCGCUACCACCACCACUACACCGCCACAGACCUUUUGGGGACCAAGUAGCUGUGAGGGAGGUUUUGCGGUUUUCGCUUCUUUGUGUAGUAUAAUUUUGCGGUAGCGUCUUUUUUUCCCAUUUCCCGCCUUUUUGUGGCAUUCCGGGUUUGUUUAUUUCAUACUCUCUUAGGGUUUGGCCGGCCUUACUUAUAAAUAAUAUGCGCGUACACACCUAUUUCACUUUUUCAGCUACAGUAUAUCAACCUCCCAAUGUGUUUCUCCCGAUGUGCGUGCCUACGCGGGUAAAUCUAGGGUGAGGUCCUUUCUCUUAGCUAAGGAUGCAUGACCAGAAGGAAGGCCAGCGAGAUAAACCUUUCGGAUGGUAUAGUGGUGCAAACGGGAAGGCUGCCUGCAUGUAUGGACUACCGUAAUUACCUGAACCAAAAACUCAUUCAUUGAUUUUACUUACCCAUCUAGGUAACCGACACCGGGCGAAGUUCGAAUAAGGAAAGAACAGCCCUGUGUAGUCCUACUAACUGCUCUCCAUUGUAGAACCCACCCGUAUUUACUACUUGUUCGCUACUCGUUCUUGAGACAAAUUGCCUAAUGCAGUGAUUAUUACAACGAGUGAUCCCAUGUGACUACCCCACCCGUUUCUCUUCAGGUAUCAUACUCGUGGCGCCCGGCUUGAGGGUUGGGCGCAAUGGACUAAACGAGGUUAUCACAAGUUCGCGAAUGCCUUGUAAUUGUACUCUCCUGCUCCUGUUAUGCACUUACGGAUGUACGCGUGUCCGAGGCGCUUGGCCGAGCAUUUAGAUUGUCCCUCCAAAUAUAGUCUUGCUCCCAUCCAAAUGUACCCCUCUUCAUCACUCAUAUGCGAUUGCGCCUUUGCGCACGAAGGGGCCUUUUUUUUCCCCCUUCGUUAGAUAUCAGUAGCCAUCGUUCCUAAAUUUCUCUUUCUCUUCUCUUGAAGACGUAUCCGUUCCGAUUGUUCGUUCGACCUUUAACAAAUUGGUAAUGUUAUUAUGAAAUUUAGUCUCUUGCGGAAACCCCCAGAUCUAUAUGUGGAUGGGAUGGCUUGGAUAAGUAUAAAAAAAAUCCCCUCUUGGUUUUCCGUGGCGUGCCUAGCUAGAACAGUAGUUAAUAUGUCAAGAACUGAUUAGUUCCUGAGCAAUUAGUGGGAGUCCGGGAGUUUAAUUCCCCCUCACACCGAGUUAUUAUUGAACAAUCCAUCACGUAGGGAAAUUCUUGCCCUAUGGGGGAACUGGGAGAUUAAGGACUUUGGUAUUUCUCGAUAGGGCUGUAGGGCGAAUCGGAUCUGCUAUGAGGUGUUAGAAACCGAUUCUAGGCCAUACUCCUAGUAUCAUGCGGGUUCGGUCCUGAAAGCUGACCGGGUCAAAAGAUAACUGGCAGAGUAAGAUGAGCUCUUGUACCUAGGUGGACCACCCUUUUUUCAUUAGUUGGGUUGGUGAGCCUUAAUCUGGACUUUAGAUCAGGUUCACGGAAGAGGCCUCAGGAAUAGUGGGGAGGCGGUAGAUGACAUAGCGAGCAAGCAGCUAACAAUAGGUACCCUAGCGGGUGAUAUGACAUGAACUAGGACCCUCCUUCCUGGAGUAUGGAUAGCCCAACGUGAUACUAAGAAGUGUACUGCCGGCUCUUCGAGAGGGAGGGAUAGUAUGGCCAUACUACUACCUAGGACUGAGAUGGCAGGGUUGAGAUAACGUAGCUGAGAGUGUCUUCGGGCUGGUAUAGUGAGCUGUUGGGCGGGAAGGUAUCAUACUUAGGGACCAAAAUUGUCCC